CGAGAGAGAAGAUCGGUAAUAUUUUCCUUUCCUGUAUCCGAUACUCUCUCGUCGCCUACACGGAACUAUCGAUGCAGACCUUACGGAAGAAAAACAGUCCGUGCAAGUUCAGGAACGAACCAACCCGAUUUCUUGGGGAGGGUGUGUCGUUCAAGGCAAAGCUGAUUGGCAUAUUGGAGGUAUCGGAAGCACGGGGGGACCGGAUGUGCCAAGCGGCUUUGGCAGAUCUGAAGAUGGCGAUUCGUGCCGCCGGCGAACACAAACAACGAAUCUCCGUCCAGGUUAGCAUCGAUGGACUACGCUUGCGGGACGAGAAAUCAGGGGACUGUCUGUAUCACCACCCUGUACAUAAGAUAUCGUUUAUCGCUCAGGAUAUGAGCGACUCGAGGGCGUUCGGAUAUAUUUUUGGGUCACCCGACACUGGGCACCGAUUUUUUGGCAUCAAAACGGACAAAGCAGCGAGUCAAGUGGUGAUUGCGAUGAGAGACUUGUUCCAAGUGGUUUUCGAACUGAAAAAGAAAGAAAUCGAGCUGACGAAGCAACAUCUGGCACAGAGUGCCACAAGCGUUAUCAAAUUCCAUACCAGCGGUAUCUUCGUCGAACCGACUCCAGAUACAAAGGGCGCAGCAGGCAGCGAAACCUCUCUUCAUCGAGUGAAGAACACGAAUUCGGAAUUGGAGAAACAAUCUGACAAACGAAACGAGUCUCAAAGCGGCGUGAUAGCGGAUUUAUUGGAUCUACAGUUCGAAUUAAACUCUCUUCAGCAGGGAAUCCAUCACAUGGACAAAAUUACUCCUGAGAGCCAAGCACCAUCCGCGGAUAAUCUCUUCGAAGCUGAUCCGUUCGGUGAUUCAUUCGCCAACAUGAAAUUGGAAGACACUGUGCGUCCAAUCCUGCCGCCGCCACCGUCAGGUUCCAAAAGAGGACAUUUAGAGCGACAGCAAACAGUUCCUGGGUCCCAGUCGUCGAUCACAUCGAGUCCAGCGGCGACAGCGACGACCAAGACACCACCGCUCCAAGGCUCGAUGCAAUGGUUCGAUAAGGAAACGGAGAAUUUGUUCAGUGACAACGAGCUGACGAGUUCAGCAAAGAGCACACCCGUCAAAAAGGACAUGGAGGAGUCCCAGGCUAAAAGUCCCCAAAUAGACGUCUUCACAGAGUUAGAUCCCCUAGGAACCGGUCUGAUAAAACCAUAUGUGGAUAAGAAGGACUUCUUCCAGCACUUGAAGAAUCCCCCGAAGAAGGUACUGAAGGACCUCGUAUCCACCAGUUCGGCAGACACAUUCCAGGCCAAUUUCAGUCCUAUCGCGGACGCCCUGGAGACAUCGAAACAGUCACGGAACGACACGAUAUCGCAGGACAAUCACUUCGACGACAGUAACUUCGCGAACUUCGAUCGUUUCGACGAGACCGAGCCGGUUCCGCCAGUCUUCAUGCGUACCGAUUCAUCCCGAAGGACGGAAAUCGUUGCGAAACAGGCUCACCAUCAGCCGCUCUCGGUCUCUCUGCCACCUGAGGAUCCUUCAUUGGUGAAAUCGCCGCCGGUUUCAGCUGUGUCCGCUUCCGGGACUGCUUCAUUGCUCAGCAGGAUGGAUAAAGACUCAACCGAGUCCACGCACGGAUUGGUCCAGCUUCCGAGUCCUAUAAAGACGGUACGCAAGAAGGACUUCGAUAUCGAUCUACCGAACAGUAAGCCACAGUCUAUAGACAAGCCGUUCCCGGUCGACUUUUCGGGGACCAGCGAAUCACCCGCGUCUCCACUGAAGUCUUGCUCCUCGGACGCAAACUCGCGACUGUCCAGUUCCUCCGCGGAACUGGAACUUGUACCUGAACCUCCACCGCGAGGAAUAGCUAAUAUUCUGAUCAAUCCACCUCCAUUACCCCCGAAGAAGCAAGGAUCCAGGGGUGCAAUGAAACCUCCGCCAAGACCCCCGCACACCGAGGGAUACUUCCACUAUGACUUCCCAGAACGAGAACACCCUUCGCCUGUGACAUCCAAGGAAAGAAGCAACAGUCCGUCGAAGGACAUAAAAGGACACUUCGACGAUAACUUCAGUCCUCCUGUUCAGAUGUCCAAUAGGUCGGAUCUGAUCGGUUCGAUAACUACGUCGACGUUUGAGGAUUCCUUCAGUUCCAUGGUACCCACGACGAAUCUGUCUACGUUUUUUACCUCCACGAACACGUCCACCACCACGAAAAAGGCGAAACCUUCGUUGGAUAUAACUCUGAGUCAGUUGACGUCGUCUAAUCUGCACGAGCUUGCCAACAGCCUUGGGAUGACCGUUCAAGAGCUGACAAGUCUGACGCUUCAACAGUUGACCGAGUGUCUGGCUACACUGUCCACUAAAGAGGCACCUGCGAUCGACAACGAAGAUGUCGAUCGUGUUAAACAGGAAUCAGUGACGACCACGAGGACACAACCUGUUUCGAACGUUGUUCACUCGAAACUUUACGCGGAGAAUCAAGCGUUUGUCAAGACUAGUGAGCUGAAUAUGAAAUACGAGGCUACUUAUGACAAAUACGCUGUCUUUAGGGAGUUGCUAGAGCUGGAGCAGAUGCAGAAGAACGAAGAGGAUAUAAUGAAGGAUACACUGGAGGAGGAGAUAUCCGAUGCAAUGAAGGAAACGUUCGAAGGCACAGAGUCGCAACAGGAGGAUGAGGACAAACCAGAGACAUUAACUUCUCUGGUGAACUUAACGGUUAAACUUCCGCCGAGCAACGAGGAUUUAGCGAAAGAAGAGCCGUCUGAUGCAAAAAUUGAAGAGAACGAGUCCUCUUCGAGCGUGACAAGCGAGAAAGCCCAGUCUAUCGAGACCGAAAACAAGGUCAGAACUUCGAUCACAGAGACCGAAACUGUAGCAGAGUUCUUGGCCAAACAGGCUACCAUUGAAACCGAAGAAGACUCUGAUCGACGAAACUCCAUAGUAGAUAUAGAGGAACCUGAGAAGACCAGCGAGGCUUACGAAGAUGCUGAUAAGCCAGCGGAAAGUAAUACAGAGGAGAAUGAAUUGGUGGUGGAGAAAACUGAAGUGAAGCCGUCAGUAUCAACAUCCAGCGACAGGUAUGCUGCAUUGCGUGAGAUCAUAGGUGAGCCGGAGCCACUGCCUAAACCGGCCGAAGAGGAAGUGUCCACGUCCGCUCGAGUAUCCCCGGUGAUACAAUCCUCGAAUCAGUCGAAGGGUAUAGCCGAGGUGGAACUGUUAAAUCUGUUCUCCGACACGCCACCCUCGUCCUCCAGUCCGAAGAAGCAGCCGAAAAAGGAGGAUGACACGAAACUAAUGGGUAUGGACAUAUUCGAGGAGAUAAAAAUGCUGAGCACCGGCACACACGCCGCGACAGGGACCAAAUCAUUGAACGCAGACGACAUUUUCUGCCCUUUCACCGAGUUGAAGCAGGACAGGGACGAUAGAAAGGACGAUGGCAACUGGGCGAAGUUCGACAGCGGCUUAUUUGGAACCGACAGGCCAUCGUGCGAAGGUCCUCUUCCUAUAACCAGCACCUCACCAUGGUCACCUGACGGUAAAGAGUUUCACAAGGAAGCUUCGUUCAAGGUCUAUCGACAGUCUGGCGACAGCGAUAACGAAUGGAAGGACGAGGAGGAAAGUGAAGAAAGCAACGGAAGAUGUCGAGCAGAGGGAAGAUUCUGGUGCGGUCAUCCCCCGCGAUUCAACGCUCCAGGGUUCGGUGAAAGACCUUACUACGAAGAAUCUGGUCCCACCUCCGCUAACAAAAGGGACAGAAGUUUCCGAGACAGAAUGGCGAAGAAGACCCGCGACACGGCUUGGGUUAAGAAUCCCGGUCACAGACCACGUGAUCCCACGUCGUGGCACGACGAGAGUCAAUGGGACGAGGAGUCGCGACGUUAUCCUCAUCGGAAGAUGCCGUACAAGGACGAAGAGGAGCAAUACGAGGCCCACUGGAAGUGUCGAACACAGCCGCAACGGUGGAACUGGCCGCACGAAUCUUUCUACGACGAGGAAAGGAAGAGGAAGCUGGCGUUGUGGAACGAGGAGGAUAGAUUCGGUAGCCAGGAGAGUAUGGGUUAUCAUGAGGAGGACAGAUGGUAUAGGAGACAGUGCGAGAGAAGAAGGUGGGAAGAGGACGCCAGAUUCUGGAACAGAAGGACAGGCCCACCUGAUCUUGAUUACCCAACGAGGGAGAGUUACUACUACUAUCGUGAGGGCAGAGAAAGACCCCACGACUAUCCAGACACCUGGGACGAGGAGUAUGGUUCCGAUCGACCCGGGGACGACUCACCUAGAUACAAUCCGUCUGGUAGAAAACGUCACUGGCACAAGAGGCCGAAUAGCGCCAACGAGGGUCGUAACGCUGACAUGGUCUACACCGAGUCACGAAGCAAAUUCGGCACCUCCAGGUCCGAGUGCAGCGACAACGACUCUGAUCCGUACCUACGACCGUCGCAGCGUUCCAGAAGCCGUGAAAGUUACUGGGGCAGCGACCAGGAAUACGACAGCUGGGCGGAGAGACCGUACUGGUCAGAAGGACCCGACACCAAGAGCGAAAGUCUUCAUCGUAAGAGAAUACCGAGGCAUAAACCGCGUCAGCCUCACGCCAAGACCCAAAGCCCUUUCGAAGACGACUUUGCUCAGAGUGUAGAGCAUGUCGACCCAUCUGCAGUUGACACCUUGGCAACGGUCGAGCCACGGAUCCGUUCGGACGUGAACGAGCAGAAACCACCGCCCAGUCCCGGUUCCAGCAAAAGGUACACGAAAGAUCUGCCCAGAAAAGAGAUGCAGAGGGAUUACAGCAAGAGGUCUAGCUACUUCGAAGAUGACCUCACGCCCACGGCAAGUGCCUCCAGUGACGCCAGUGACCGACAAAGGCUACCAUCCGACCUGAAAGCGACACCCGAAGAGAUGCCUUGUGACAGCAAAGACACCCACCAGGUGGCCGAUGGUUUCGUUUCUGAAGACAGUGGUCGAGACUCCUUUUUCAACGGCGAUCUAAGAUACGACGAUGACGCGUUCGCGUUUAAGUCCGAGCUAGAGGAUAAUGUACCCGAACAUCGAGUCACCACUUUGCCCCUGAAGAAUCACAGUCGGCAGGGGAAGUACAGUGCCGGGAAUAACAAUAACAAUAACAACAAUAACAAGUCCAGGAGUGAUCAGUAUAUCAGGAAGUCCGAGUCAGUGAAUAUAUUCGUCAGGGAGAGUGAUCCGUUCGACGACGAUGAUUUCUUCAAUUGA